UUUUAUGUCGCUGUGUUUACUAAUUGUUGCGUGAGCUUGUCAGUUGGACUGUGCAAGAAUAUGAGGUCUAAUACCGAUAUUUCAGCUCCAUCUCUCACCGAACGUGGACGUUUGAUCGGCGUUUCUCGGAGUGGAGGCUUUGAUUAUAUGUAUUUAUGUAUAUUUUGUAUGUUGCUGCAUAUUUUAAUCCACUCACAGCUCCCAGUGCCCCCUUACUGAAUACUUGUGCUCAAACAUGCAUGAUAACACAACAAUAGGUAGAUAAACACAAGCUUGCACAUCCCUUACUGGGUACUUCGGUAACAUCUGCUAACAAUUUCCGCACUUUUAUGGGCAUUGCGGUCAAGUACAGACAUGCGCAUCAGUUUUUGCUUCAGGCUCCAUUCAAGCAGGUUGAAUGUCCAUUCUUUGCGCGAAUCAAUCUUUGUUACGAACUUGCAGGUGGUUAUCUGCACAACGCUGGACACGGUUCUUUCCUGCUUGUAUUGCUCCUCAAUCUGGGAGGUAGCGAGCAGGUAUUGAUACCCUCUCAAUUUUCAAGUCGAGUACAGCCUCUGUAUUUCCGUUCCGUAUUUAUAGAAACCAAGCUUCCCAUCCCUUCCUGGGUACUUUAGUGGAGAUUGCGAACACUUCUUUUCCAGUUCCACGGCUUUCCAUGUUGAAUCUUACAUUUCCUGAAUUGUUUUCAGCACCUGUUUGGCAUUUGGCCCUCAUUUUCAUACACCAGCAUCCGAUUUUAUCCUUAGGCUACAUUUACGUAGUUUGCAUGUACAUACAGAAUGUGGAAUCAGUUUGGCUUUUAACUCCACAAUUCAGUUCAUGCACGACAUGUCUUUGGUCGUAUGUCAUUGUCUUGAUGCUUCUUUCCAUCUAGUAAAGUUCGUUUUAGUUGAGCUGCUUUGGUCUCUUGCAUCAUAAGCCUCCGAGGGACUGCGUAUAUAUUAUCUACCAUCAGAAGCAGUUCUGCUACUUAAGUGCAUGUACAUUUGGAUUUUACCUUAAUCUUACACCUCUUAAUUCCGGUCAAAGCAUCACCGCUUGUAUUGAUAACAUGGACUCGAUCUUGCUACAUAUAUACUGGGUUCCCAUCAACUAGAUCAGAUCCCAGAGCGACGACAUCCAGUUGAAACUUGUAGUGUCAAGGAUGUAUAAUUGGUCUGAAGAGAUCUUGGAGGUAGCCGGAGGAACUUGCCCACUUUCCAAGUGGAAUACAGACUCUGGAUUCUAUUCCGUAUCUAUAAAUUUCAAGAUUGCACAUUCCUUCCCGGGACCUUAGUCGUACCUGCUUGUAUUCUCUUCCAGUUCCAUGGUUUAAUUAUUUUGAAUUCGUCUUUGCUGCAUUGUUAUCUGCACCUUUUGGAGUCUCCUCUCAAUUACAGACAUCGGCAUCCUAUUUCUUCAGGCAGCAUUCAUGGAAGUUAAUCUCUUUUACGGAGGGUUGUACAUUAUCGGCCUUCAGGCUUUUUAUUGUCAGCAGACUGAUGCUUUUAUGUAAACUGAAAUGGUCACUAGCAGGCUGGCGCGGUCUUAGCUGCCUUGCCUCUGUAAAACUUCCAUCUCUCCUCUUCCAAAAGUUGGAUGUCAAGAGUACUGUAAACCCAUGAGGUUGGAAAGGGGUAGGAAUCUUUGCAUGGAUUAUAUACGUGAUGUGCACGCAAAGUAGUGUAUAGCAGAGGAUUAUAAGUAGGAAAUCGCAGUACACAUAUUAUAGAAGUGAUGGAGGAUGCACGUCCAUCCUGUAUACGAAGCAAAAAUCAUGCUACUAACCCUUACUGUAUUGGCUUAUCUGUUGCACAUUCCUUCCUGGGUGACUGGGUACCUACUUCUUCUUUUUUACUUAGAUUUUCUCGUAGUCUGAAUCUUGUAAUGUUUUACCUUUUACCUCCUGGUUGUUACUCCAGUCUGUCUGCCGCCAGGCAUAGUUGGUCGAUUUUUUGGUCGUUGCUUAUUUUGCUCACUCCAGCAGCUCGUCGCCUACCGGUUUUUUUGGCGGUCACGGCUUGCUAUUAUUACUCUCCUGCCGCGUACCUCUUCGGACUGUGUACUAAUUCCAACCCGGAAGAAACUGUAUGCCUUCCUUCUUUACUCAACUACGCGUUUCGACUUGAAUCGACCUCGAUUUGAGAGUUGAAGCAUCACGGACCUUUCAUGGGGCGUGACAAGAUCUUGGAGUUAGCACGCUCUCAAUGCAUCGAGGCUGGAUGACCCCUCCUUCAAUUUCACUUUACAUAGUUGUCAAAAUCCAGCCGCAUGUAAUCUCCAGCAGAUAUUCUUGAAUCUUCAAACAGGAAGGUGCUUUUCAAAUCUACUAUCUCCUGGUGCAAUUUAACGUACGAUACGAGGCCUCCAUAUAUUUGACCGAAACCCCAGAAGAUGACCUUCCUAUUGAAAUUUGAGGCUACACUCUUGCUUCUGUACAAGAGAUGCCUUUGGUGGCUUAUCGGGUGUUGGAACUAGCAGGAGAGGAUUGAUGCAUACUAUCUUUGUUUGUUCAAACUCUGGAUUCUUAUGCACCAUGGAUAGGAUCUAUACUAUCACGUUCCCUUCCUCCGUAUUUCUGGAUAGGGUUUAAUGUUAAGCUUCCGAUCCGCGGGCCGAGUUCAGCUGUUUGGAUAGCGUUUAAUCUUAAGCUUCCGAUCUGCUGGCUGAGUUCAGCUGUUUGUCGACGUACUUUUGUCAAUAUGAUGGUUUGUGGUUGCUGUUGCUUUUCGACUUAAUUUGUAUGGGAAGCUCUUGUUUCAGGCUUUCAUUCCCGUACUUUGAUAUUCGUGGUUGUUUAGGCAUUCAUUUCACCUAAGGUGAAAUCUGCAGCGUAUAUUAGAGCUCUGCCACUCCUUGAAUCUCAGUCACAGCACCCUUGGCACAUAUUAAGUAACUGUAUAGUAUAUAUAAAGUGUGACAACAGCCUCUAGAUUCUACUUUGUAUCCAUACAAUCCAACCUUGCACAUCACUACCCGAGUACCUUGUACUCGAUCAUGGGGUCUCAUCUGCUCGACUGAAUUAUGAGUCAAUCAAACUCUAUGGAAUUAUGAGGUCUAAAUUCUUGCUUAGGGACAAGAGGGCCUCAGGGGGCUCAUGAGAUCUGGAAAUAGGUUGUGGUUGGUUCGUAUGUUGAAUGUAGUUGCCCUCGAAUGGUGUGGCUAGGAAACCAGCCGAUCGCGAAGUCCGACGUGAUGUUUGGCUUUAGCAUACGUGGAUGCAUACUCACAUUCUUCGUUGAUAGUCUUUGGUCUCCUAUUCCGUAUCGAUAGUAUCUUCUCUACCGAUACUUACUUCCGUCGGUACCGUCGAGUAAAUUUUAAAUUACUGUUGUUGUUGAAGACGGGAAAUAAAUCGUUGUUUUGCAUUGUGCAAGUUGCCUGCUUAAUCGACUCAGGGAUACUUUCCGCUUUCGCGAUUUCUUUCGAGUGUAUCUUCAGUUGUCUUUGGCUUGUCGACUUGGCCAUUGUUGUUGCUUAUGCUUACAGCAUUCAGAGCGUCUUCCUCGCGAUAAGAUAGAUAUAUAAGGUCGGAGUUUAUAGAUAUAUAAUACGGGCGGUGCAACCGGCGGUCCAUGGGUUCUGGGUUGGCACGCGCGCAGUCCAAUCUCGACCGCGCACGUGCCAACCCAGAACCCAUUUGCACAGUGUCGCGGGUCACUGCAGCAAAGCAAACGUCAAGGUUGCUCUAUACUGUGUUUGUUGUAGUCGACGUGAGAAAUGCAAAUGAACUGUCUGUACAUAUCGUUCUCGAUCAAUUCGAUCUGGUAAGAUGGGAGUUUUGAAGGCUGUGGAUCGUCGAUCAAUGUGCAAGUUUUAUGCCCGCUGCCAACGGAUAUAAUCUUUUUGAACAAAGGUGAUAUUUUCUGCAAUUUUUCCGACAGGAUGCUAGACUUGAUGGAGCUCUAGGAAUCUAUUUUGCAGAUUUCCAGGGCAUCCUCUCUCCAGAAAAACUAGGUAUGUAUUAUUUUCCUGUGUUGUCUCAGUACCUCCCCUGUUUUAGGAGUGGCAGGACCAGCCCCUAUUACUGGGUCGGAGCCUGCGUGUCCUAGGCCACCGGAGGGCCACGAUGGGACUUGGAGGCAGAGGCAAUCUGAAGAACCCACGAAGGUAAUUUAGCAGUGUGAUUUAAGAACGGGGCUAAGAGGAAUCGGGAAUUGACGUAUGCUUACGGAAUUUGCACGUCCUGUUGUCAGUGAAGCGGCAACGUGAGCUUUCUGCGUUCAACUAAACGGCUGGAGCUAAUAAUCUACUAUUGUUCUUAGAAAUACAAUCAAGUUCAGCCGUAACGAUGUCAAUGUCUCUUCAGUGCAGACGCCUAUAUUUUGCAAUGAUUACAGACAGUCAACUAGUCAGAAGCUUUCAAGUACCCAUGGGAUCAUCAGGAGCGAAAAGCAUGGGCAUCAGACGUUGAUGCGUCAACGUCUGAGAUACAUAAGAAUUCGUAACGAAGUUUGGAUUGAGGCAACUGCGUUGGUUUCUGAGCCAGUUCGGGGAAAAUAGAACAAAGUUGAAGCCGGUUGGAAGUCGCGGUGGUAGGAAGCUCUCUAUCUUCCUGCCACCGGGACAAGAAGCGCAAAAAUAUCUGCGAGAGUAUCUUGUUCAACACAAGGAAAUACUGGUCGCCCCUGCUCGAAAAAUCGAAACGGUUGAUGGGGAAUAAAGAUGCGAUCCCGCGGAAACAAGCUGUUCUUCUUUCAUAACCCAAGAAAGGUUCUGAAGUCCAACGAAGGAGAAUCAUGAUGCUCUUUUGCACACUCUUAGCAAGGAAGUGAGAACCUUUAAAAAAAAUCAGCAGAUCGUGUUGAGGUUUGCUCAUUUCUCUUGGCAUCUUGAACUUAUUAUUGCAAAUUUUGUACGGAAUCUUUUGUUCGUGUCUUAUAUCUGAUUUUAUUUCGCAGUCUAUAAUCCAGCAGUUGUUACUCAGAUUUUAGAGUAACUCGGACCAUGUUGCAGCUCCAUGGUCUCGAAAGGUUACCUGUAUUAAUUUGCAAUUGGAUUAUUUCUGAUUAGUUUGGGUAAGCAGUAUAGUGCUAUGUUGUGAGGUAGAGAUCUUCACAAAGAUCUCUAUAUCACAACAACCAUCUUACUGAUUAUAUGUUUAUCAAUACUAAACAGAUACAAUCCACUUGGAAGAUCUUCAUGUCAAGAUCAUGUUAUAUUACACACUUGUUUUUUAUUGGAUAUGUAAUAUCUACGAGCAAUUGCCA